UCCCGCGUGCGUUUUUUUGGCGCCCGCCGGCCGCUCGGCAUUCUUGUGCGGCAGUGGCCGCCGGUGGAUGCGUCGUUGCGGUAGGUUGCCGGAGAAAGCGGUCUGUGUGUGCUGCACGCUCUCUGGAUGCCCUGCGGUGCGUGCGACCUGGCUUUCGUUGGUGCAGCUGCACGGGAGAGGCAGUGCUGCCGGAUAGGUUCCGUCCUGCCGUGGUUCUCAUCGACAGUGUUGUCGUCUGCUUCUGUCGCGAGCAUGGUUGUGCGUCGACCGCCAAGAUGAUGAAGUGGAGAGUGCAGGGCAAGCCAGGGGGCUGCUCCACGAGGAAGAGCAUCGGAAUCCGAUCAGCCAAGCGCGCCAACGCUGAAGACUCCGACGAUGUCCGGGCGUCCCUGGAUUUCUUGGACCAAGUGAUCGCCGAGUACAACGGCAAUGCCGCGGAGAACGGUGUGACGCCGACUCCUCCCGAGAAUGACGCCGUUGUCGCCAAGCCGCCCAAGGGCCGACCGGGCGACCUCCCUCCUCCUGCUGCUGGCUCGGACGAGAGGCCCGACGUGCCGCCACCGCCGCCGGCGCACGAACGCUUCUCCAUCAACCUGGUCAUCGUGAACGACGUCGUUAAGGAGGACCCAGGCGAACGGGCAGCGGACGACACUACGCCACCACCGGUGCCCAAACGGCCCCCGCCAAGCCUACCCCGUUCCUCGUCCACGGGCUCCGUGACGUCAUCGCGCGAGUAUCCCGUCAGUCCCCCGCCGAGGAGGCGGUACCUGAGCCCCGAGCGACGACGACGGGCACUGAUGAUGAACGGAAACGCCGCUAAUGGCGGCACUACCUCGGCGAGCAUCCCGGACUCGCCGGACAACCGUCUGGACCGGCCCUUCCGGCGUCCUAUCACAGUUCCCCUCGACCCCAUCCUUCAGGCGACGACGCCGAUACCCCCGGCCGAACAACCGCGCGUGACUGCUCUCACGUGCCAAAGCGACACGAUAUCCUCCAGAACGCUGCUUAGGACGGGGAGCCAGCCGACGUACGUAGAUUGCGAUGGCGACUCACCGAGUCAUCUGGAUCGCGUCGACAGCUUCGGCAGGGACGACAAUCUGCGUAGGCAUGCGACCUCUGCAGUCGAUUUCCGGUCGCCACCAGUGCAAACGCGCCUGCUGAAAGAGUUUGCCGAUCUUUCCAGCCCGAUGGAAGUGUCGAGAGCGCUAGUGAGGACGGGCAGCCAUGCUGUUGACAAUUCGGUAAGCCCCAGCGCCGAUAAUAGGCCUCAGGACGGUAUUGUCACGAAUAACGACAGCCUUCGGCGGCAAGUGUCGUCUCCCAUAUGCUCCAGAGCUUUCUUCUACUCUGCUACUAAGCCGUGCGUUUUGCAGAGGCAAGAUGCAAGUGCGCAGGAUGUAGGUGACGAAGUGAAGAACCCAACGGGAACAGCUUUAAAGGUGAGUUCCCCAAGUCAGCACACGAAGCACCCCAAUGAUAUUGCUGAAAGCGAAAUCAGUAGCCAAAAUAAGCCAGGUAGCUUUAAGCCUGUGGCCUGUGCACACAAUGGUCGCUUGGAGUCGGAAGACAGCAAAGUCGUCGGUGUGGUCAACGGUCGCUACUCGCCGAACGAAACCAUUCACGACAGGGACAACACCAGGCUAACAGUAACGUUCCGAACUCUGCCAGAAACGGGGAGCUUCCGGCGCAAAUCCGAAUCUCGCAACUCCAUACACGUGGACUUCAACGUUCGCGACGGCCUUCCCUGGAACGGGCGGACACAAAGCGCCGCGUCGUCGAGCAACGGUGACCCCGUCAUCGAGAACGGCCACACCGCAGCGGUAUCGAGCUCAGGUUUGUGUCGCAGUCGCAGUCUCCGAAGUCAUCGGAAGCCCGAGCUGUCGGAUGGCGUUGCUGCGUCCAGGACGAUGGAGGACUUCUCGCCUCCGCCGCUUCCGCCGCGCAAGGCUAAGGAGGAGGCCAGGCGGCAGGCAGAGGAGAACGCCUCGCCCACGCUCAAGAGGGUCACCUUCCACAUCCUUCCCACGACCCACGAGAACUCGGAACACAAGGACAGGCCUUCCUCCGCGGAGAAGCCGCCUCCUUCGACUGGAGAUUGUCCAGAGGACGGCUUCUUCACACGUCCGCCCCCAAAGACUCCGUCACCCAUAGUGGGAAAAGGCCGAGCGGCGUCGCCCAUGUGCCAUCGAGCAACAAACGGCACUCACUCGCCCGUCGUCGGGAAGGUCAGGGAGCCGUCGCCCCAGUGUCAACGCAGGCUGAACGGGUGCACGAAGGCAGCGCCAGCCGUCGCGAAGGUGAAUGGCACCAAAACGGGACCGAGGGACACUGCGAGGACGCCGCAGGGAACGAAAGAUGCCAAGGCGAACCCCGUGGUCAAGAAGACGUUCGAACCGCCUCCGGCGGCCAGCGAUGUCUCUACGGACUGCUAUAACGUAUACAACGUCCGCACCGGGAAGAUCUCGUCCACCGUGACCAAGCCGAACGCGCUUGGCCGCAGCGCCGCCCGAGUGCCCCUGGAGAGCGUUCAGUGCGCCAACGGAACCACGGCGGCUCCCCGGAGAGAAGGCCAGUUGACCAAGCUGAGGAACAUGUCUCCGACCAGGGAGGCGGAGAAGCUCAUCGGCAAGAUCAUCUCUAGGUGCAAGUCGAGCGCGGUGCUGAACGGCAAGGACAAAAAGCCCGCCUCGUCGCCGCCGCCGCCCCCUCCAUCUGCGGACGGAGCCAACGCUCAGCCGCAGCUGCUCAAACUCACCGCCAGGCAGCAGCAGCGACACAGUAGGUGCACCAAGUGCGCCCAUGCCCAGGCGGCCAAGUGACGUCACCGACAGUGGAGUCUCUGAUGACGUCAUCCAUCCGAAGCCGGUCCUUGCUCUCUUCCUCUAAACAACACUCACUUUUUCCUCCUCCCCACAUCGGCGGCAUUCUGCCAAGUGGGCAACCUCCAACUGAGAAAAACAACGCGGCCAUCCGAAACGGGACUCCGAGCGCGCGUUUUGACUGUAUCGCUGGUUUGACGGGGCCCAGGUGCACACGCCGCUUGCCGGGCGUUUUCUUGUUUUUUUUUUUUUUUUUUUUUUUUUUUCGCGAGAGAACUCGGUCGUGGCUGUGAGCCCGAUGAUGAUGUACAUUAGUCCUGUAAUUAAAGAUGCCUAUUAACAAUUUAGCACUUGUCACUAACGCCCCUUUAUCCUUUCGUGUGUCUGUGUUUCUAUGCUAUUUUGGUACCACCACUGAGAGACUCCAGCAGCGAUCGCUCCUGAAAAGUCGGCGAGGAAUGUCCGCUAUGUCCUCUGUCAGUAGGAGCGCUCGCGCGCCAGUGGACGCCUGUGGUU